ACUAAAAGUUAAAAUAAACAUAAAAUAGAUUGUAACCAUACUUGUAUGCGGGUUAUAAAAGAAAUGUGUAACAUCUUAUGUUUUAAUUGAGGUAGUGUCAUGCUCGCUGUUUCAGUUAUCCUUUUUGAGUUUGGUAAGCCUAUUUUUCAAGUGUUACUUUACUGAAGAAAAGCAUGCAAAGAAGACAUAGACAAUAUGGAGCAACAGGUUUUGAAACAUGGGGUGGAUAUAUGGCUGCUAAGAAACAGAAACUGGCUGAACAGUUCAUUACUAAAGCUCAUCAUGAACUUGAAAAUUUGGACACUUGUAAAGAUGAAACAUCAAAAAUAUUUGAGGGGGUUGCAAUAUUUGUGAAUGGAUAUACAAAUCCCACUGCUGGUGAACUGAAGAGACUGAUGAUGAUGCAUGGGGGUACCUAUCACCACUACUACAAACGUCACCAAACAACCCAUAUUAUAGCUACAAACUUACCUGAUAGUAAAGUUAGGGAGUUGAAGGAGGAGAAGGUAGUGAAGCCUGAAUGGAUUACUGAAAGUAUUAAAACAGGAAAGCUGCUUCCAGACACACCAUUUCUUCUCUAUUCUUGUCUUUCUAAAGGCCAGAAAAAGUUGAAUGCUUUUGUUGGACAAGACAGAAACAUUGUAGCUGAAGACAGCGUCUACAAACUUGGGAUAGAAGGUCAGAUAAAAGACAAAAGCAUCACUAUGAAUAGUGACAAUAAGAAUCAAGAAAUCAGAAAUGGGAAUGUAAUGGAUGAUCGUGCUCAGGAUCAGAAUCGUGUUAAUGAACACGAGGUCCAAAAAAAAGUCAAUGAUAACACUUUGAAAUCAGACGGUGAGUUCAUAAAAUCUACAGAUGAGGCUAGAAAAAGCAAUAUGAAAUCAUCACCACGAACAAGAACAGCAUCCAAGGACUCUGUUAAUGUUUCUUUCUCUCAGUUAAGAGGUUCUACAGGUCAUGACCAAACAACAGUGAAGUCAUCCCUCCGAGCUGGAGAACCCAACUUUCUCUCUGAGUUUUACAGCCAUUCUCGUCUCCAUCAUAUUUCUACUGCUGGUGCAGAAUUUAAACAGUAUGUAGCUGAUCUUCAUCGAAAAAACAGUGGUAACUUCCCUGGAAGAAAUAAACUUUUAAAGUGGAAGAAAUCUCAGCAAGGAGGAUGUCCUACUUCCAAUGCUGAAAUAACAGGACUGGAGAACCCAAAAAGCACACAAAUCAUAAGUGGUGAACGAAAAGAGAGAACUAUAAUGCACAUUGACAUGGAUUGUUUCUUUGUUUCUGUUGGGCUUCGUAGUAGGCCAGACCUUAUCG